CAGUGUGUGGGAAGUGCUGAAAUUUCUGAACGUCACUGCCACCGCCGCCUUUGGCCACGGAGAUUACAACUACUGCGGUCACUCGCAUUUUGGGAUAGUUGAAGAUCGAAGAGGAAACCUGUCAAAAAACCAAGGACUCAAAACAUAUAUCUACCCACUAGUCCGGAUACAAUAGCGGAAAUAAAAGUUUCGCUCCGGUUUAGUGCUACAUGGUUAUGGAGAAGAAGAGGAUGGAUUGCCCCUCUCUGCCACCGGGCUGGAAAAAAGAAGAAGUGAUCCGGAAGUCAGGGCUCAGUGCUGGCAAGAGUGAUGUCUAUUACUACAGUCCCAAAGGGAAGAAGUUCCGGAGCAAACCCCAGCUGUCCCGUUACCUCGGCAACACGGUGGACCUGGGAUGUUUCGACUUCCGAACGGGCAAGAUGACGAUGCCCAGCAAGAUGCAGAAGAACAAACAGAGGCUACGGAAUGAGAGCCUCACCAUCAACAAGGUACAGGUUAGCUUAGGCUACACGUCAGGGUCCUUCAGAUGUCGUUCACUCCGUUCUCCCAAUGUGAACAUUUGAGCAGGGAUUCCUAUUGAGACCUUUCUAUUCUCAGCCCUUUGCUAGCAGUGGUUUUCAUGUCUAUUCUGUGUAAUUCAAUAUUUUUCUUCACUCACUCAUUUCUUCCCAAUUAUCUCCUUUCUCCCAAAGUGUGCACUUGUUCACUUCCCUUGGACAGGAAGUGACUGGUAAAAGUAAUACAGUGGGAACGUCCUCUCUAGCCCAUGCCUCUACCAAGCCAAUGCUUUUAGAUUUGUGGGAAGUAGUCAAUGAGUGUACACUUCAGGAGAAAGGGGAUAUGAUUGCCGGUGGGUUUUCCCCCUCCAUGUAGCACAGUAUCCGACUGUCCUCUCCUCUCACCUGCCCUGUCUCCGACCUGUUAGAAUGUCCCAUCUGUUGAAUUCAGUAGCUGACUGUCCUCACCUGCCCUGUCUCCGACCUGUUAGAAUGUCCCAUCUGUUGAAUUCAGUAGCUGACUGUCCUCACCUGCCCUGUCUCCUACCUGUUAGAAUGUCCCAUCUGUUGAAUUCAGUAGCUGACUGUCCUCACCUG